CAGCUGGACUCCACACUCGGAGCAGCCCGGCCGCCUCUGUGUCCGCAUGUAGCCGAAGCCACCGCUCCGUUUCUGCGUCUGUGUUUUGUCUGAAACAUGUCUGUAGUGAAAACGGGUCUCAGGCUGCUGGUGUUCACCGCAGUCACCGUCCUCUCCGUGCUGCUGCUGCGCCACUGGAUGGCCAACAAGAAGUACAUUUUCAACAAAGAAGACGUCGCCAGAUUGGCCAAACAGUACGCAGGACAGGAUCAUGAGCAGGCUUUCUCCAAAGUGGUGGUGGAGCUCAGGAAGAGGUAUCCGGGCCACAUCCUGCCAGAUGAGGACCUGCAGUGGGUGUUUGUGAACGCUGGAGGCUGGAUGGGCUCCAUGUGUCUCCUCCAUGCUUCCCUCACAGAGUACCUGCUGCUGUUUGGUACCGCUGUGGACACAGGAGGACACUCAGGUCGUUACUGGGCAGAGAUUUCUGACACUAUCAUCUCCGGCACCUUCAGACAGUGGAAAGAGGGAACAACCAAGAGUGAAAUCUACUAUCCUGGUGACACCAUCGUACAUGCUGUAGGAGAGGCUACGUCGGUCCAGUGGAGCGCCGGGACGUGGAUGGUGGAGUACGGUCGAGGUUUCAUCCCCUCCACUCUGGGUUUUGCUCUUGCCGACACCUUAUUCAGCACCCAGGACUUUGUCACCAUGUUCUACACUGUCCACGUCUACGUCAAGGCUCUGCUGCUCGAGGCUGGUACACUACUCACAGAGGCUGGAGUUUUCUGAGGCGGAAGAGGCUCAGACUCAUGGACAGGAGCAUCAGAAGUUCACCUUGUCAUGCCAUUUUGUCCCUGACUGAGGAUUCUAAGUGCAAAACAUUAAACAUUUUUUACCCUGAAAUUGUAGACACCCCAAAACUGCAUCAGUAGGAUUUAACUCAUCUUCAUUCGGGUUCCUCGUAAAGGUUCUACACAAGAAAAUGUUUAACUCCACCUCAACUUGUGGUCUCAGCUUUUCCCAUAGGACAUCAAGCUGAUGCACUACUAGCCAAAAUCACACACACCCGAGAGCAUUUCACUCUGAAACAAGCCCUGACCCAUUGCCUGGAGUUUGGCGAUGAGACUCUGCAUCUUCCACCACUCAGUAAGCAUUCCUGUUAGAGCUCAGACUGCCUCAGUAGUCACUGAAGUCUUCAUAUCAGUUUUUAAAAUCUGGCCUUAUGGCUUCUUUUGAUUCAUAAGAUAAAAUCUGUCCAUAUAUGCAACCACAUUCUGGAGUAUUAACGAGUAAGUUCAGAUUGUCAAACUCUGACUUUCAGAAUGGUUGCUGAUAAUUGCACAUUUGUGGACCAAGGAAUUACUUUUUAAAACAAAUAUGCAACGCUUAAUUUGGCAUUUAGAGCAAACAAAAAAUAUAUAAUGCACAGCCAAAGCUACUAUUUUCUUAUUAGGUACCCAUUUCUUGUUUAUAUGCAUGUGGAUUCUCUGAGGGUCCUGAAUUUAGCUUUAAGAAGAUCCGACUCAUUAGAAACCAGCAGAAAGAAGCGCUGAUGUCAGGCUACUCCUGGCAUUUGGCACCAUCUCCUCAUUCAUAGCUGACCUGUUUGCACUAUAUAUAUUUUUUGAAAAUGUGUAAGACUUGAGAGGACAUGCUGAUAAUGAAAACUGCCUGGAUGAUGCAUGUUGUGAUCUCAGAUUCUUGUUAGCUGAGGGACAACUAGAGGUUUUAUUUUUCUAGUUACUGUCUUGGUGUGUGGUCGACUUUUUCAGAGCUUCAGUGCAGCAGCGGCGGCAGAUUUCAAGCGAUUUUAAGGCGGAAAUUUGCACGCUUUUCUUCAAAAUUCAAUAUUUUUUCAUCCUAAAAUCUAUAAAAACUAAUCAAAGCUGCAGCCCAUGAUUUUUUCUUUUUAAAUUACAAAGCAGGAAAUACUCUGUCGUGGUGACAGAGCAGCAGAUCUGUGUUUGGAGAGACCCCUUUAAAGUGAAAAACACUGCAAUUCUUCAAACCACUGCUGUGCUUUACUGUAACUGUUUCAUUGGGAACUUUUAUGACUCUAAUGUACAAUGGAGAUCAUCUUGAAUUCUAUUUGGACUCGGCUCUUUGGUGGCUUCUGUUCAUGGUUUGGAAUUUUGCACAAACACCAUCUUAAUAUAACGCCGAACAGAAACUUAAUAGUGUGUUUUGUUUCACUUUUUCACAAGGGUAAACAGAAAGUAUACAGUGGUUAACUACAAUAGUAGAUGUAUUACUGUACCAGAUGUGCAAUUUACUGGGGGUAAAGAUUGAAACUGACAGUGCCAGAAGAAAUAAAUGUUUUUGAAAUAAAAUCAAA